UCGUUUUAAACUAAACAAGACAUGUUUCCCAGUGUGCACUACUGCAGCUGUGUCCGACGUUACCAAACUAAGCAGAACAGAUGCUUUUCGGCAGUGAAACAGACACAGGUAUAAGGUAGAUACGGUGUUUCCUCCACUUCUCGCAAGAUGAGCCUACGUACCAUCCUGGGCUCCACUUUUGUCAUGGCUGGACUGGGACUCGGCUAUGGGAUGUGGUCUAUGAUAUCUCCAGGUGACGAACAGCGGAGAGAGCGCAUCAAGAAUCUGCCUGAAUCAAACCCUGUAAGAAUGGAAGAGUCAAGGAGGAGGAACGCUUUGGUGAUGCAGGCAAUCAAGGAGGCUGGCGAAACCAACUACAAUAUUGCAAGAGGGUUGGGAGGAUCUUCGAAAUAGACGGGCCCUGUUCUGUGACCUGUUGGGAAUGUCUAUGUGUAAUAAAUGUUGCUGGCAUGUAUGGCAAAAACCCGGACAUUAGGCCUAUAUUAUUUUACAGGGAGGUGGAUGUCACAUUUUCAGCUCUAAUUUAUUCAUUGUAUGUGAAAACAAUUCAUCAGUUCAUUUUAAAAUUGAUAAUAAAAACUAUCAAAAACAA